AACAGCAUCACCCCCAGAGUGUGCUGGGUGCCCCACUAGAGAGAUGAGACUUUGAUUUGCUGUGGUUUGGGACGUGGGGGUGAUUGGAUGAGAGGGCUGUGUGUCCUCUUCCUGGAAACUGUGCUGGGUUUGCUUUGCAUGAGGUGGGGAUUUCCGAGUGUCAGCAGAGCUGGGAGAAGCAACAGCAUGGGGAGCUGAGCCUCCUCUGGGAGUUGGUCCCUCCAGAAAUGGAUGCUGGGGACUUUCCCAGAGGAUGCUCAUGGUCCCUCGCGACUAUAUCCAAAGUGCCUGGAUUAACUCUGUGUUGGGACUGGUGGGACUCUGCAGUCCCGCUGUCUGGCGUGCUGGCCCUUGAUCCCUCUCCCGGCAUCUCAUCUUGGCUUGUUUCCUGGAAUGUUCUAUCGUUUGGGUUAUGUUUGGGAUCGGCGGCCAAGAACCCCGUUUCUCAUGGCCAGCCCAGCUGGGGCUUGGCUCCAGCAGGAAGCAUGAGGAGGGUGAUAGGGGCCAGAGCCCCAAAGCCACGCCCCCAGCAUCUUCCUCCAUUUAAACCCUUAAAACCAACCUCUCUGCCUCUAAAACCAGACUGGGCCACCACGUGCCACCAGCCCCACGUUGGAUCUCAGGGUUGUGUCACCUGCAUUGCGAGGGGUGCUCAGGGGAAGCAGGGUUGGGCUGGGGGGCAUUUCUGCAAGGCUGUCACCAAGAAGCCCCACUUGCACAGCUGCUCCAGGACAGGUUGGAAAUUGAGUUUUAAGGACGUGGUUUAGUGGGCAUGGUGGUAGUGGGAUGAUGGUUGAACUAGAUGAUCUCAGAGAUCUUUUCUAACCUUUAUGGUUCUAUGAAAAAGGACUUAUCUGCAGCGAAAAGCUAGCAGAACCCUUGGCCAGCAGGCAGCUGGAGGCCGUCUGUCUGUCUCGGGGCUCUGGCUCACUGCCCCAACGCCAGGCCUGCCACGCAGGGACGUGGCAGGAGGGACUGCCCGCAGAGCGGAGGAGGCAAUCCCCUGCAGCACCAAGGGGGAGUCCAGCCACUGGGGGAACACCCGGGGAAGCACAGCGGGAUGUGCGGGGCAGGCAGAUUUGAACCACAGCUUUGCUACGUGGUGCUGGGCUGACUCCUGCUCGUGCUCCCCAUCAUGGCUCGCAGCACGCUGCUGACAGCUCCUGCGGUUCCAGGGCAGAUGUUUGUGCAAGUGUGUAAGUGUCUCGGGCCGGAUCCAGGGCUGGCUUGGGCACCAGAACCACUGCCAGCUGGAGGUGCUGGUGUCAGUGCUGUUUUCCUCGUUAGCACUGACCCCGGUCAGUAAUAAUCAUUAGGGGCACUCACAAAGCACUUUCUCUCCCUUGAAGCCAACUCCUGGCUUUUGCUGCCCUUAAUAUCAGGGGGCCCUUUGGCAGGGAGGAAUUACUUUUGAAACUGGGGAAACUGAGGCACAAAGUGCAGCACCAUCCCGGCUGCAGCCCAGAGCGCAGCGCUGCCCCGACCACUCCUCCCCACUGCUUUCCAGAUCGGAGCCAAUUUGAGGUCACAAAGGCAGGUCUGCCCUGGUGGCUUUGCUCAGUCCGGUGGGACUGAUCGCGGUGGGCAGAGGAAGCUCCCCUCCCUGCUUUGCUUUUUUUUCCCCCUCUUUUGUCUUGCCAGUUUCUAAACAGACCGUUCAGCGUUGUUCUCAAUUUAAAACAAAGCCUUUGUUUGGCAGCGUUCUGUGGAUUUCAAAUGAUUAAAAAGAAAAACAACAAACCAACCCCAAGAACUAAAGAAACAGAAUCCUCCUCAAAUUUGGAACUAGCAGCUGUCUUUGACCGUGAACUCACUUCCCUCCCAUCCAGUUCAUUUCCUUUCUCCCCCAGACCUGCCAACCCUCUAGGAAAUCGGGAUUUCGCAUGUCCCUGCCUGCUGCAGUCCUGCAGCAGCUCAGCCCCACGGUUUAACCCUGUGCUGACUUGGCUCUCUGAGCCCUUAGUGCAUGGCUGUGGGUGCCAGCACCGCCCUGCUGUGGGAAUGGCAGCACAGCAAAGCCAGCUGCAGCCGUUCCAGGGCUGCUCGGGGGGGAGCUUUGAUUUUGCACAUGGGAACUGAAGGUGGGAGCUGUGGGCACCCACCCAGGCCCCUCGGCAGUGGGAUGCAUGCCAGUGUGUGGCAGGAGCUGCUGCCUCAGCUUGCCCCAGUGUUCCUAUUGCAAGGCUGUACCCAGUAUUGAAAGCCCCACUCCUGGCCUCCCGCAGCUCCCUGUGCCUCUCAUGGAUUUUCCUGCCCGUCAGACCCUGUGUGGUGGGAGCUUUGGAGAGAGGUUAGGAAAGAAUCCGGUUCCUGGCCCGGUGCCUCUGCCUGCUCCUUUUGGUAGUAAAUCCCAGGAUGUGUUCUUGGCUUUGUGUUAAACUGAAUUUCUGCAGAACGUUUUUCUCCCUGAUUCCAGUAAGGAUUCAUGAGGCCUUUAAAUGGCUCAGUAAUUCAGUAGCGAUGCUGGCAAGGAUCCCAAGAGCAAAACCACUCGCGUUACCCAGCUGUGCCUAGCUGCAGGGAGCUUGGGGACGGGUCUGCUCUGCAUUUGGGCAGCAUUGGGCACUGCUCCCUUCUUCCUGGGAACAUCUAACAGAUGCACAGUAGGAAAAAAUCUGGCAGGUGUUUAGCAGGGUUCUUACUCUGUGUUUGUUUGUUUUUUAAGUGGUGUUUCAUUGAUGUUCCAAAGCAUCGGUCCAUUCCAAUGCAGGGAUAACUGAGUUGUUCACCCAAGCUCUGUGAUGGAGGCAGUACAUCACUGCACGUGUGGGAAAGGCUGUGGCUUUUCCCCGCUGGCCUUUGGUUGCAAAACCAAACCCAGCAGGGCUCUCACCUGCCGCCACGUGGAAAGCCCCACAGGACAGUUCCUGCAUCCUGGAGGGACUCCGUGGGGAGCCCAGGGCUUCUCUGGCAAGGUGGUUGGCUGAUCUCUGCUGGAUAAAAUAGGAUUUGCUUUUGGCUUGGGACUGAGCUUACAAAGCAGAGUUUAUACAGCAAGCUUUUGGCUAAGAGAUGCCGUUUUAAUGACGAGUGUGCAUCCAGGCUUCACUUGGACGCCAUUCCCUCCCACUCGUGACUUUGGAUACCUCCAACCCUGAAGAUCCUCAGCGCUGACCUUGGUGCCCUCACCCUGGCUGGCCCAACCCACGAUGGCGUUGUGUCUGAAGCAAGUCUUCAACAAAGACAAAACCUUCCGUCCCCGGAAGAAGUUCGAGCCUGGCACACAACGCUUUGAACUGUACAAGAAGGCCCAGGCCUCCCUCAAAUCUGGGCUGGACCUGAGGGCUGUGGUACAGCUGCCUCCUGGAGAGAGCAUCAAUGACUGGAUCGCCGUGCACGUGGUGGACUUCUUCAACCGCAUCAACCUCAUCUACGGCACCAUGUGCGAGUACUGCACGGAGCAGUGGUGCCCUGUCAUGUCCGGUGGGCUCAGGUACGAGUACCGGUGGCAGGACGAUCGCAAGUACCGGAAGCCGACGGCGCUGUCGGCGCCGCAGUACAUGUGUCUGCUGAUGGACUGGAUCGAGAUGCUCAUUAACAACGAGGACAUCUUCCCCACCAGGAUAGGUGUUCCCUUCCCCAAGCAGUUCCAGCAAGUUUGCACUAAGAUCCUCACCCGCCUCUUCCGCGUCUUCGUCCAUGUCUACAUCCACCACUUUGACAGCAUCAUCAACAUGGGUGCUGAGGCUCAUGUCAACACCUGCUACAAGCACUUUUACUACUUCAUCAGGGAGUUCAGCCUUGUUGACCACCGGGAGCUGGAGCCUUUGAAAGAAAUGACAGAACGGAUUUGCCAUUGAAGUGAUUUCAGCAAGGCAUACUCAGCAAGAUCGUUCAGCAUUCAAUGGGACAAGAACCCUGCGGUGGGAGAUGUCUUCCCAAGGACUUGCUCUGGGCAUUUCAACUGAACUAUGAAAACUGCAGAAGAGCCUUUCUUCUUUUUUGUCCUCGGCUACAUCAAACUCCAAAUGUUUUGUUAGCGAGACCUGCCCUGUAAGCAGGUGUGACCUUGGCUACUGAGUCAUGCCUGUUGCCUUUCACAUGCAUUAGACUAUGAUAACAUCUGAGAUCAGCUCUGUAGAGCUGGUGACAUUUGAUCCCAACUGACUCCAUGAGGUUAGUUGCCAAUGUCUCAUUUUUAUGAAUGUUUUUCCUUCUGCCCUAAUUCAUGCUUUACCAAAGGGACUUCUUCCCCCCUCCCCUAGGAAUUUUUCAUACUUCGCAGAAGGGACUUCAGGAUGUUCUAAGAUGCAUCCAGUACUACUUGGACUAAUGGCAAAGUGGCCCCAUGGCAAAUGGAGGUGAACUGGGCCACUUUUCAGAGUGAUCAGCAGUCGACCUGAGUAUUUUCCAUACUCAGAAAUUGUGAUACAAAGUGAGGGAAAGAAACUUGCCAGAAAACAAGUGACAUUUCUUGACAUGUUGUCCUGGCUCAAAAAAGCACGUGCUUGCUGUAGAAAUCAUUGUCUUUCCAUUAUUCGACUUUGUAGCAUAGACAUUGUUCUUUUGACAAGAGUUGAAGACUUUUUUUUAAUUAUUACUAUUUUGGGGGAGUUAAAUUGUCUGAGCCACAGUGUUGUUGUGUUUGCGUUUCUUGGCCUUUUUCUGGGAAAGUUUUACAUACCAGAUACAGCUGAUACAUACAAUCAGGGGUUUGCCCAUUCUAGGGGAGAGGGGGGACGUGGAUAGAAAAUGUAAAUAUUUAAGACAACACUAAAGUUCACAAGUGGAUUUUUAGUGCUCAAAGCACUUAUUUUAUUGUGAAAAUCUAUUUUUUUUUAAUCUUGUGUACCAGAUGUAUAUUUUUACAUGGAAAUAAAAUGGGACAAAAUGGACACAAAACCAUCUUGAUACAUCAUUCCAAUAUUUUCUGUGUAAUAUUAAAAGUCCAAACUUUUUUGUUCUGUUGCUCAUUAAAGAAACAGGAAUGAGCCUAGUGUCCU